AUGUCUCAAAACUACGAUCAUAACGAUCCGGAGAUAGUGGAAGCCAUGAAAUAUUUGGUUCUUCCACCUGAAGAAAAAAUUAAACUUCAAGCCCAACCAUUCGAUGGCAAGAAAGCAUGUUGGGUACCUGAUCCAAAAGAAUCUUAUGUUGCUGGUGAAAUCGUUAGCACCAAAGGUGAUGAUAUUACAAUUAAAACCAGUAAAGGCGAAACUGUUACAAUCAAAAAGGACAAUCUACAACAGAUGAAUCCGCCGAAGUAUUCGUGCACGGAUGAUAUGGCUGAUUUGACCCAUUUAAAUGAUGGUUCAGUUUUAGCCAAUCUUCGUGAUCGUUAUGGACGUUGGCUCAUCUACACUUAUUCGGGUCUUUUUUGUGUCGUCAUUAAUCCGUACAAACGUUUACCCAUUUAUACAAUGAAGGUAGUUAUGUUGUAUCGUGGUAAGAAACGCACUGAAGUCGCACCACAUCUGUAUGCCAUUGCUGACAAUGCGUAUUCGAAUAUGCUUCGUGAUCGUGAGAAUCAAUCUAUGUUGAUUACUGGUGAAUCUGGUGCUGGUAAAACUGAAAAUACGAAGAAAGUCAUUCAAUAUUUUGCUUUGGUCGCUGCUGCUAGUGUGAAAAAGGAAGAUAGUGGCAAAAAAACAAUGACGCUCGAAGAUCAAAUUAUUUCAGCUAACCCGGUAUUGGAAGCAUAUGGUAAUGCUAAAACAACUCGUAACAACAAUUCUUCACGAUUCGGUAAAUUUAUUCGAAUUCAUUUUGGUCCAACUGGCAAAAUCGCUGGUGCUGAUAUUGAAGUAUAUCUUCUCGAAAAAUCUCGUGUCAUCUUUCAGCAACCGGCUGAACGUAACUACCACAUUUUCUACCAAAUGUGUUCAAAUGGAAUACCUGAACUUCAUAAGCUAUGUCUUCUUACAAAUGAUCCAUCCAAAUAUCAGUUCGUAGCACAGGGUAUGCUCACCAUUGACGGUGUUGAUGAUGCCGAAGAAAUGCGUCUUACCGACGAAGCUUUUGACAUUCUUGGCUUUACAAAGGAUGAAAAGGAAAGUAUGUAUAAGUGCACAGCUGCUAUUAUGCACUUUGGUAAUUCUCAAUGGAAACAACGACCACGGGAAGAACAAGCCGAAGCUGAAGGCACAGAAGAUUGUGAAAAAGUUGCCCACUUACUCGACAUUGAUGCAGCUGAACUUAUCAAAGGUUUACUCAAACCUCGUAUCAAAGUCGGUAACGAAUUCGUCAACAAAGGUCAAAACAAAGAUCAAGUUGUCAACUCUAUUGGUGCUUUAUCGAAAUCGAUUUACCACCGUAUGUUUUGCUGGUUGGUCGAACGUGUCAAUGUUACGCUCGAUGUCAAAGCUAAACGACAAUAUUUCAUUGGUGUACUUGAUAUUGCUGGUUUCGAAAUUUUUGAAUACAAUGGUUUCGAACAAUUGUGUAUUAACUAUACCAAUGAACGUCUUCAACAAUUCUUCAACCAUCAUAUGUUCGUCUUAGAACAAGAAGAAUACAAACGUGAAGGUAUUCAAUGGGAAUUUAUUGAUUUUGGUAUGGAUUUACAAGCUUGCAUCGAUCUUAUCGAAAAGCCUAUGGGUAUUCUUUCCAUCCUGGAAGAAGAAUGUAUCGUCCCCAAAGCUACCGAUAAGACAUUCGUCGAAAAACUUUACAAUAAUCAUUUGGGUAAACACCCACAGUUUGGUAAACCAAAACCAGCCAAAGGUAAAGCGGAAGCACAUUUCGAAAUCCAUCACUAUGCUGGUUCGGUCCCAUACACUGCUACCGGAUGGCUUGAGAAGAACAAAGAUCCAAUCAAUACCACAGUUGCCACACUUUUUGCUAAAUCGAAAAAUGCCAUGUUGGCUCAUCUCUACGCUGAUGUUAUUGAAGAAGAAGGUGGCGGUAAAGCUGGUGCUAAGAAGAAAGGUGGUAGUAUGCAAACUAUCUCUGCUACUCAUCGUGAAUCUCUUAACAAACUGAUGGCUAACUUGAAACAAACACAUCCACACUUCGUUCGUUGUAUUAUUCCGAAUGAAAUUAAAACCGGAGGUGUUCUCGAUUCACAUUUGGUUAUGCACCAACUUACUUGCAAUGGUGUACUCGAAGGUAUUCGUAUCUGUCGUAAAGGUUUCCCGAACCGAAUCAUCUAUGCUGAAUUCAAACAACGAUAUGCAAUUUUGGCGCCAAAUGCAAUUCCAAAAGAAUUCGUUGAUGCCAAGAAAGCUACCGAGAAUAUUCUCAAAGAUAUCGCUCUUUCCGAAGAAUUAUACCGUUGUGGUACAACAAAAGUCUUCUUCAAAGCUGGUACAUUGGGUCAUCUCGAAGACUUGCGUGAUGCUGCUCUAUCGAAAAUCAUCGCGUCUCUACAAGGUCAAAUUCGUGGCUAUAUUAUGAAGAGAGAAUACAAGAAAAUGUUAGAACAACGUUUGGCUCUCUCUGUUUUGCAACGUAACAUUCGUAAAUAUCUAUCACUUCGUAACUGGGCAUGGUGGAAAUUGUACACGAAAGUCAAACCACUCUUGUCUGUUGCUCGUCAAGAAGAUGAAUUGAAGAAACUCGAAGAUGAAUUCAAGGCACUCAAAGAAACAUUUGAAAAAGAGGAAAAACUGCGUAAAGAAGUUGAGGAAAAUAACACAAAACUUAUUCGAGAAAAGAAUGAUAUUUAUCUCCAGUUGGAAUCUCAACGAACAACCAUGGGAGAAGCAGAAGAACGUUUGACUCGAUUAGCAACGCAAAAAGCUGAUCUUGAACAACAAAUCAAAGACAUGUCCGAGCGAAUCAAUGAGGAAGAAUCGAACUCACAAGAAUUAAACAAGAAGAAGAAGAAAUUAGAACAAGAUAUUGACGGACUUAAAAAAGAUAUCGAUGAUAUUCGUUUAAGUCUUCAAAAAUCUGAAAAUGAAUGCAAAACACGUGAUAAUCAAAUCCGUAUGUUACAGGAUGAGAUGGCACAACAAGACGAAAGCAUUGCUAAGCUAACACGUGAACGCAAACGAUUAGAAGAACAAAACACAAAGACUACUGAAGAGUUACAAGCUGAAGAAGAUAAAGUCAACCAUUUGACUAAACUCAAAACCAAACUCGAGCAAACCUUGGAUGAACUCGAAGGAAACUUGGAACGAGAGAAGAAAGGUCGUGCUGACUUAGACAAAGCGAAACGUAAAGUUGAAGGUGAUUUGAAAACCACUCAAAGCAACCUUGAAGAACUCGAACGUGCUAAACGUGAGCUCGAAGAUAAUCUCAAACGAAAAGAUCAGGAAAUUCAACAGAUGAAUGGUCGUCUUGAAACUGAACAAGGACAAGCUACAAGCCUUGGAAAGAAGAUCAAGGAAUUACAGGCACGUGUCGAAGAAGUAGAAGAAGAAUUGGAAAAUGAACGUCAAUCACGGGCGAAAACCGAAAAACAACGAGCUGACUUAGCGCGCGAAAUCGAUGAAAUGCGCGAUCGAUUAGAUGAUGCCGGUGGUGCAACAUCAUCUCAAGUUGAAAUGAAUAAGAAACGUGAAGCUGAAUUAGCUAAACUUCGCCGUGACUUGGAAGAGGCUAAUCUUCAACAUGAAGCAACAGCUGCACAACUUCGUAAGAAACAUCAAGAUGCGGUUAGCGAAAUGGGUGAACAAAUCGAUCAAUUACAAAAAGUGAAGAAUAAAUUAGAAAAAGAUAAACUCGCAGUCAAAUCUGAAUUAGACGAUUUACGAUCACAAAUUGAGCACAUCCAAAAAGGUAAAACUACUGCCGAAAAACUAUCGAAACAACUCGAACAGCAAUUGAACGACAUGCAUAUUAAACUUGAUGAGCACGCCAAACAAGUUCAUGAUUUUACUCAACAAAAAUCGAAACUAGUCAACGAAAAUUCAGAAUUACAACGACAACUAGAAGAUGUCGAACAUCAAGUUGGUGCGUUGGCAAAGGCUAAAUCACAAUUACAGCAACAAUUGUCGGAAGCACAACGCACCAUCGAUGAAGAAUUACGUGGCAAAGGUUCAGUUACUUCGCAAAUUCGUAAUUUAACUGCUGAUCUUGAUCAAGCUCGUGAACAACUUGAAGAAGAACUCGAAAGUAAAGUGGAUCUUCAACGACAAGUCACAAAACUUAAUUCAGAAGUUCAACAAUGGCGAUCUCGUUAUGAAUCUGAAGGUAUGGCUCGCACGGAAGAACUAGAAGAAGCCAAACGUAAGCUAGCCGCGAAAUUGGCUGAAGCUGAGGAACAAGUCGAAGCAGCUUUAUCAAAAUGCAAUGCACUAGAGAAAGUUAAAAGUCGUCUUCAAGGUGAAGUCGAAGACCUUAUGGUGGAUGUCGAACGUGCGAAUGCUAAUGCUUCGACAAUGGAUAAAAAACAAAAACAAUUCGAUAAGUUGAUCAACGAAUGGAGACAAAAGUGCGAAGAUAUUACUAUUGAAUUAGAAGCUUCACAAAAGGAAGCACGUCAAUUUUCAACUGAAUUGUUCAAGAUUCGGGGACAAUAUGAUGAAUCGCACGAACAAAUCGAAGCUCUUCGCAAAGAAAACAAGAAUUUAGCUGACGAAAUCAAAGAUCUCACUGAUCAAUUAACCGACGGUGGUAAAGGUAUACAUGAAUUGGACAAAGCUCGUAAACGUGCAGAAUUAGAAAAGGAAGAAAUUCAACUUGCCUUAGAAGAAGCCGAAUCAGCCCUUGAACAAGAGGAAGCGAAAGUUCUUCGCGUUCAAAUGGAAUUGGGUACCGUUCGUCAAGAAAUUGACCGACGUAUCCAUGAAAAAGAAGAAGAGUUCGAAACUACUCGUCGUAAUCAUCAACGUGCACUCGAAUCUAUGCAAGCCAGCUUAGAAGCAGAAACGCGUGCUAAAGCAGAAGCUCUCAAACAAAAAAAGAAACUUGAAUCUGACAUCAACGAACUCGAAUCAGCACUAGAUCAUGCUAAUCGCACCAACACCGAUCUACAAAAAUCACUUAAACGACUUCAACAAACUACAUCAGAAUUGCAAGCCCAAGUCGAACAUGAACAACAACAACGUGAUGAAGCCCGUGAAGCUGCUGCCUCAGCUGAACGUCGUGCAAAUGUCAUUGCUGGUGAACUAGAAGAAUUACGUACAGCUUUAGAGCAAGCUGAACGUGCACGUAAAGCUGCAGAAAUUGAAUUACACGAUGCUGCUGAUCGUAUUAGCGAAGUUAGCACACAUAAUGCAACAUUAUCAUCACAACGACGACAACUCGAAUCAACUGUUGCUGCCAUGCAAUCUGAUUUAGACGAAGCCGUCGCCGAAUUGAAGAAUGUUGAAGAACGCUCAAAGAAAGCUGAAGCGGAUACUGCUCGUCUUGCAGAAGAAUUACGUCGAGAACAAGAACAUUCGAUUGGUGUCGAACGAUUACGUAAAGGUCUUGAACAACAAGUUAAAGAUCUUCAAACACGUCUUGACGAGGCCGAAGGGAAUGUUCUCAAAGGUGGCAAACGUAUCAUCGCCAAACUUGAACAACGUAUUCAUGAAUUGGAAGGUGAAAACGAAAUGGAACAACAUCGCCAUCAAGAAACACUCAAAGAAUUACGCAAGAAUGAUCGUCGUUUGAAAGAACUCGUCUUUCAAGUUGAAGAAGAUCGCAAGAAUCAAUCACGUUUACAAGAUCUUUCAGAGAAAUUACAAAACAAGAUCAAAGUCUACAAACGUCAAGUUGAAGAAGCUGAGGAAAUCGCUGCACUUAAUUUGGCUAAAUAUCGCAAAGCUCAAACAGAUCUUGAGGAUUCAGCUGAACGUGCUGAUAUCGCUGAAAAUCAAUUGGGUAAAUUACGUGCUAAGAAUCGAUCAACAGUCAGUGCAAGUCGUGCACCAGGCGAUGAUUAUCGCGAAUCAACUGCAGCACGAGCUACUUCUAUGGUUCGUAGUAGCUCUGUUCGUCCACGUUAA